AUGGCAACUUUAAAAAACAAAUCUAAUCAAGAAGAAUCAUCUAUGAUAAUAGAUUCAGAAUUCAUUUCAACUUCGAUCGAUUCUGUAGAAGUGGAAACAAGGAAUACCGGGAGAAAUGAUAUGUUAAUAGAUAGUAAACCCAUUGAAAAUGUCAAAAAACCAAAUUUUCGUCCAGCUAAAAAUUAUGAAUUGAAUGGUGGAUUGUCACAAAUACGAAGAAUAUCUGUUCCUCCAAAUAGAUUCACUCCUUUAAAAAAAGAAUGGGAAAAAAUCUAUGAUCCACUUGUGAGACAUUUAAAUUUACAAGUUCGAAUGAAUACUCGAUCAAAACGUGUUGAAUUAAAGACAUCAAAAUAUACUGAUGACCCAUGUUCACUUCAAAAAGCUGAAGAUUUUCUCAAAGCUUUUAUGUUAGGAUUUGAUGUUGAUGAUGCGAUAACAAUAUUACGUGUAGAUGACCUUUAUAUUGAUUCUUUUGAUAUUAAAGAUGUUAAAUCUUUGGAAGGUGAUCAUUUAUCACGUGCGAUUGGAAGAAUUGCUGGAAAAAAUGGUGCAGUGAAAUAUGCUAUCGAAAACACGUCAAAAACUAGAAUAGUUCUAGCAGAAACGUCAAUUCAUAUUCUUGGAUCCUUUCAAAAUAUUAAAGUUGCAAAAGAUGCAAUUGUAUCAUUAAUAUUAGGUAGUCCUCCUGGUAAAGUCCACGCUAAUUUAAAAGUUAUUUCAUCAAGAAUGAAACAAAGAUUUUAA